AUGGCCGACUCCUUCAUGCACCAGGAGAUUGGCAAGACCAGGGCGGAAUGGCUGGCUAACCUCAACACCGAGUACAAGCCUCCAAGGAACUUUAGACGUACCAGCAUCAUUUGCACAAUUGGCCCCAAGACCAACUCGGCCGAGAAGAUCAACAUGCUUCGACAAGCUGGUCUCAACGUCGUCCGCAUGAACUUCUCCCACGGCAGCUACGAGUACCACCAGUCCGUCAUUGACAACGCGCGCGAGGCCGAGAAGACCCUGGCAGGCCGUCCAGUAGCCAUUGCCCUCGACACCAAGGGCCCGGAGAUCCGCACUGGCAACACACCUGGCGACGAGGACAUCCCAAUCUCCGCCGGCAGCGAGAUCAAUAUCACGACCGACGACAAGUACGCCACCGCCAGUGACAACCACAACAUGUACGUCGACUACAAGAACAUCACAAAGGUGAUCGAGGCGGGCCGGAUCAUCUACGUGGACGACGGUGUCCUCGCUUUCGAGGUGUUGAAGGUCGUGGACGACAAGACGUUGAAGUGCAAGGCCAUCAACAACGGCAAGAUCAGCAGCAAGAAGGGUGUCAACCUCCCUAAGACCGACGUCGAUCUCCCUGCUCUGUCGGAGAAGGACAAGAACGAUCUCCGCUUCGGUGUGAAGAACAAGGUCGAUAUGGUCUUCGCUUCCUUCAUCCGCCGCAAGGAGGACAUUACCGCCAUUCGUGAGGUGCUCGGUGAGGAAGGCAAGGACAUCCAGAUCAUUGCCAAGAUCGAGAACCAACAGGGCGUGAACAACUUUGACGAGAUCCUGAAAGUGACAGACGGUGUGAUGGUCGCACGCGGUGACUUGGGUAUCGAGAUCCCUCCCGCUCAAGUCUUCAUCGCGCAGAAGAUGAUGAUCACCAAGUGCAACAUCGCCGGCAAGCCCGUCAUCACCGCCACGCAAAUGCUGGAGAGCAUGACCUACAACCCUCGCCCGACUCGUGCUGAGGUCAGCGACGUGGGUAAUGCUGUCCUAGACGGUUCGGACUGUGUCAUGUUGUCUGGUGAGACGGCCAAGGGUAACUAUCCCAAGGAGGCCGUGACGAUGAUGCACGAGACUUGCUUGCUUGCUGAGGUCGCCAUCCCCUACGUCAACGCUUUCGAUGAGUUGAGGAGUCUGGCUCCGCGACCCGUGCCAACGACUGAGACGUGCGCUAUGGCUGCCGUGUCCGCCUCGCUCGAGCAGAACGCUGGCGCUAUCUUAUGUCUGACCACGUCCGGCAACACCGCCCGCCUCAUCUCCAAAUACCGCCCCGUCUGCCCCAUCAUUAUGGUGACCCGCAACGCCACCGCCUCCCGCUACUCCCACUUAUACCGCGGCGUCUACCCCUUCCACUACCCCAAGCAGAAACCGGAUUUCAAGUCCCACCCCUGGCAGGAGGACGUGGAUGAUCGACUCAAGUGGGGCAUCACGAAUGCGAUCAAGUUGGGCGUGUUGAACAAGGGGGAUGCGGUCGUGUGUGUGCAGGGUUGGAGGGGCGGCAUGGGGCAUACGAAUACGUUGCGUGUGGUGCCGGCUGAGGAGGAUUUGGGGUUGGAUUUGGAUGCUUAG